UCCUGACCAGUUGACGUGUGUGACUACGUCGGCAUAGGGUACAGUGAAACUUCACUUGUUUUCAUGUUUCUCCUAGUAAAUAUAGUAAUCGAAGUAAACAAUGAAAAUGACAAUUGCCGAUGUUCUGAGGAAAAUCGAUGCUUAUCCAAAGACUUUGGAGGAUUUUCGAGUGAAAACGUUCAGUGGAGCACUGGUUACGAUAAUAAGUUCAGUUAUAAUGGCUCUACUUUUCUUCUCGGAGCUCAGAGACUAUUUGACACCAAAUUUGAACGAGGAAUUGUUUGUCGAUACGUCGCGAAGUUCCAAGUUGAGGAUUAAUUUGGACGUUAUUAUUCCAACAAUAUCCUGUGACUUGCUAUUAUUGGAUGCUAUGGACACUACUGGUGAGCAGCAUCUGCAGAUAGAGCAUAAUAUUUACAAGAGGCGAUUGAGUUUGGACGGAAAACCCAUUGAAGAGCCAAAGAAAACAGAUAUUGCUGACACGAAAGUAAUAAAGAGUGAUACAGAGUCUCACGAAACUUCCACCGAAGCCCAGUGCGGCGACUGCUACGGGGCUGCAAGUGAAGAAUUGGGCAUAAAAUGUUGCAACACUUGUGAGGACGUGAGGGAAGCUUACAGAAAAAGAAAAUGGGCUUUUCCUGAAGUCUCCACGAUAAAGCAGUGUCAAAAUGAUAAAUCUGCUGAAAAGAUAAAGAACGCUUUCCUGGAGGGAUGCCAGAUUUAUGGAUCCAUGGAAGUUAAUCGAGUUGGCGGUAGUUUUCACAUUUCACCUGGGGACAGCUUCUCUAUUAAUCACGUUCACGUUCACGACGUUCAACCCUUCGCCUCGAAUCAAUUCAACAUGACUCAUAAAAUUCGCCACCUCAGUUUCGGAGUAAACAUUCCAGGGAAAUCAAAUCCAAUGGACAAUACAACAGUUACAGCUGAGGAAGGUGCAAUGAUGUAUCAGUAUUACAUCAAAAUUGUUCCAACGACGUACUUUCGUGCUGAUGGAGCUCAACUACAGACAAAUCAAUUUUCUGUGACGAGACAUUCAAAGAAAAUUGCAACAUUCAGCGGUGGCUCUGGACUCCCAGGGAUUUUUUUUAGUUAUGAACUUAGCCCUUUGAUGGUGAAGUACACGGAGAAACAAAAAUCCUUCGGACAUUUUGCGACAAACGUCUGUGCGAUAAUCGGAGGUGUUUUUACUGUAGCUGGACUAAUUGACACUUUCUUGUAUCACUCAGUGAGAGCGAUACAGAAACAAGAAUUAGGAAAAUUUAGUUAGAAACAUUCCAAGAUUGUUUUCAAUUAAUUCGUAUAAUUGUACAUUACCAAGAUACACGAUCCAAUUAUCUCAAAGUCUGAACUUUGUAUUUUAUUAAAUCAAUAAACUAAAUAUAAUGAGA